UCGUCAGGACUGGUCCCGGGCUGCUGCAGGCGGGCGGGCGGGGGCGUCAGGCGUCCGAGCGCGCUCGGCACGGACCGCCUGGAGUAGCGCAGGGGCGGGGGGGCAGCGGCGGCUAGACUGGGUGCCCCGCCGGGCCCACGUGACUGGAGAGGCCCCGCCCGCGCCAGGUGCUCGGAUCCCGCCUCCAGACCUGGCCGCGUCCAGUCCGGCCAGCGUGAGGCGCCACAGGACCCAGCCUGCGGCCCAUGGCAGCGCCGGUGCGCCUGGGCCGGAAGCGCCCGCUGCCCGCCUGCCCCAACCCGCUCUUCGUGCGCUGGCUGACCGAGUGGCGGGACGAGGCGGCCAGCAGGGGGCGUCGCACGCGCUUCGUAUUUCAAAAGGCCCUGCGCUCUCUCCGGCGGUACCCCCUGCCCCUGCGCAGCGGCAAGGAGGCCAAGAUCCUCCAGCACUUCGGAGACGGGCUGUGCCGCAUGCUGGACCAGCGCCUGCAGCAGCACCGAGCCUCGGGCGGUGACCAAGUCCCAGGCUCAUCGUCUGGUAUGGAGAGUCCAGCCCGGGAAGGACCACACGCCGAAGUCCAGGACCCUCCCCUGCCAGUUCUGCGCAAACAGGGAGGCUCGGGCAGCUACUGGCCCACGCGGCACUCGGCAGCCCGCGCAGUGCUGCUGCUGCUCUACAGGGAGCACCUGACUCUGGGCGGCCACAGCUUCCUAACCAAAGAGGAGUUGCUGCAGCGAUGUGCCCAGAAGGCUCCCAAGGCGGCCUCCGGGAGUAGGCAACCCUGGCCAGCCCUCCGCUCCCUCCUCCACAGGAACCUGGUCCUCAGGACACAUCAGCCAGCCCGGUACUCCCUGACCCCGGAGGGCCUGGAGCUGGCCCAGAAGCUGGCUGAGUCAGAGGGCCUGAGCUUGCUGAAUGCAGGCGACCCUCUGGAGGAGCCCCGGGGGGAGGAGCCCCGUGGGGAGGAGCCCGAAGCGCCAGGAACUACCUCCGAUGAGCUCAGUACCAGUGAAGGCAGCACCCAGCCGCCGGCGUUAGAGCUGGGUCCUGGCGAGUACCGGGUGCUCUUGUGUGUAGACAUCGGGGAGGCCAAGGGGGCCGGGCACAGGCCGGAGCUGCUUCGGGAGCUGCAGCGGCUGCACGUGAGCCACUCGGUGCGCAAGCUGCACGUGGGGGACUUCGUGUGGGUGGCACAGGAGACGAGGCCCAGAGACCCGGCGAGCCCUGGGGAGCUGGUCCUAGACCACAUCGUGGAGCGCAAGCGGCUGGAUGACCUGUGCAGCAGUAUCAUCGACGGCCGCUUCCGGGAGCAGAAGUUCCGGCUGAAGCGCUGCGGUCUGAGGCGCCGAGUAUACCUGGUGGAGGAGCACGGCUCGGCACGCCACCUCAGCCUUCCCGAGAGCACGCUGCUGCAGGCUGUCACCAACACGCAGGUUAUUGACGGCUUCUUCGUGAAGCGCACCGCUGACAUUAAGGAGUCAGCUGCCUACCUGGCCCUCUUGACGCGGGGCCUGCAGAGACUCUACCAGGGCCACACCCUACGAAGUCGCCCUUGGGGAACCUCAGGGGACCCUGAAUCCGGGACUGGCCGCUUGCCAAACCCUCUCUGCUCGCUCCUCACCUUCACCGACUUCAAUGCGGGAGCGGUCAAGAACAAGGCCCAGUCAGUGCGGGAGGUGUUUGCCCGGCAGCUGAUGCAGGUACGCGGAGUGAGUGGGGAGAAGGCAGCAGCCUUGGUGGAUCGGUACAGCACCCCCGCCAGCCUCCUUGCUGCCUAUGAUGCCUGUGCCACCCCCAAGGAACAGGAGGCGCUGCUGAGCACCAUCAAGUGUGGGCGCCUGCAGAGGAACCUGGGGCCCGCUCUGAGCAGGACCUUGUUUCAGCUCUACUGCACCCAAGGGCCCCUGAGCUGAGCCUGCCCCGCCUUGCCCGUGCC